AUGUCAGCAGCACAGUCACCAUCUCCCUCAAGUGCGUCUGGUCCACAAGAAGGCCCUGGCUCUCGACGAUACAGCGCCGAUGCUACCAUUUUACUGGUUGGACAUUUUGGAGCUGGCAAGAAAACUCUAGGACUCAUUGCCUCCGUUGCUCUUCGUCGACGCUUUAUUGACUUCGACGCAUUCUUCCGAGGCCAAUUCCACUUCUCACCUCAAGAGUUUAUUGCAGAACAUGGGUUCAGGCGAUAUCGCGAAGUAGAGAUAGAGGUGUCUCAUGAUAUUCUCACAAAGUAUCAAACUGGCUGUGUCAUUGCUGGCCUUGGCUUUGCAGGCAGUCCGGCUCAGCGGCAAUUGUUGGGAACUUUUGCACAGCACCAUCCCAUUGUGUAUGUGCGAAGAAGCAAAACAGACCUUCGACACUUUAUAGAAAUCAACCCGAAUACUUUUGACCACAUCUUUCACAUUGAGAAUGCUUUCUUCGAGUCAUGUUCCAACUUUGACUUUUUCAACAUGACGCAAGAGUCGAGUCCACUGGCCGAGAGUCAGACACACACACCACUCAAACUGAAAGAGGUUGAACGUAUAUUUGUUGCCUUUUUACAUCGCAUAUUUGGCACUUCACACAAGCAGCUUUUUUCGGUUGAUUUUUUUUCUGCCACUCAUACAUACGCCCUUGUCCUGUCCUUGUUUGAGGCGAAUCUGGACCCCGAAUGUUUGGAUGCAGGUGCUGAUGCCAUUCAUCUGACAUUGAGUCAUGAGGAAUAUAGUCGUGAUAAUAUAUUGGCUCUACUAUCGGCCUAUAUGACGUUUAUCAGGAAACACACCCGCAUCCCAAUAAUCCUUGAUGCACAAACAGAUACAGAGAGGGACUCGACAAGCUAUUUGAAAUUCUUGGAAAUGGUAGCACCACGGGUAGCUCCUGAUGCUUUCACUUGUGUGCUCCGAAAUAAAGAGACUGUUCGGCGAAUUCAUGCUACCAAAGGUCAUUCUAAAAUGAUCGCCCUAUAUGACCAAAAGGGACCUCUAGGAGUUGAGAUGUCUGGCUCCCAUAUUCCUAAUCUUCGAACGUGGCUGGAAGACCCGGGGUUCGAUGCUCUUCGCAUCACCGGUCAACAUGCAGUUGCAGAAGACGCACUUUCCUGCAUUGCUUUCCGCCAAAUGUUGACAAAUGCUCUCAAUAUUCCAGUCAUCGCAUAUCAUACCAAGCCAGACGAGCGAGCUUCCAUCCUCUUGAACCCGACCUUGUCCCCGAUACGAGUCAGUCCUGGUCAAGGCUCUAUACUUUCUCUGCAAGACAUGCAGCAUGCCCUGAAAUCUUUGUCUCUACGUUCUACUAAGUUGUUCAAGAUUGUGGGCCAAGAUCUCCGUCAUAGUCUGUCGCCUGCAAUGCACAAUGCAGCCUAUUCUUCCUGUGGGCUCCCCCAUAAGUAUGACUACGAUGAGAUCCAAAGCUUUCGCGAAAUUGAACUCUUGUUGAAGGCACCAUCCUUUGAUGACAGGUUUGGUGGUUUAAUCAUUUCCUUGCCAUUCAAAAAUGAUGUUCUGCCAUUGCUCGACGAAAUCAGUCCUGACGCCAGAGACAUCAAUGCAGUCAACACCGUGGUACUCGAGCACAAAAUUCAGUCGAAUGGAGUGAGGACUCCCUUUUACCGUGGAUACAAUACGGACUACAUCGGAAUCAAAGAUUGCGUUCACAGUCACCUCUCUCCAGCAAACGCAGUUCGGAAUGGUAGUACGGCUCUGAUUAUCGGCGCUGGUGGAAUGGCCCAUGCUGCUGUGUAUGCCUGUUAUCAAUUAGGAGUUCGACAGAUUUUUAUCUACAACAGAACACUUUCAAACGCCCAAAAGCUGGCCCGUUACUAUAAUGCAUGGGCCAGGUCCAAGGGGGACAGGAUCUUUCAUUUAGAUGUUCUCGAGUCAGUAGAAGACCCCUGGCCAUCAGACUUCCGUCUUCCAACAAUCUUGAUUUCCUGCAUUCCUGGGAGGCAUGUUGGCACUCAGUUGCCUGUCAUCUUUCAAGUCUCUGAGAGCUGGCUUGGAAGUCGAACGGGAGGAGUAUUUGUUGAGGUUGGCUACGGUCCGUCGAAGACCUGUUUGAUGGAGCAGAUGACUCCCUGGUCAAUGAAAGGGUGGGUCAUCGUCGAUGGAUUAAAGGUUCUUGUCAAACAAGGCAUUGUCCAAUACGAGCUCUUUACACAGAGACCAGCACCGGUGCACGUCAUGCAGCGAGCUGUUCAAGAAGAGGCUAUCAACAAAGGGUAUUUCUAUAUAAAAUGA